GUCACCUCUGCUGCGCCCUCUCCCGUCCCGCUGCCAGCCCCCGCCUCUUUUCUCAGGAAGCUCGGGUCUCCCUGGGAGCGGGUCUGCCCUUGGAGGAGGCCUCUCGGCUCUGUGCCCUGCAGCUCGGCUGGUAUUCGGGGCGGACAGCAAAGGGGCUCCGCGCCGUCCGCGUGCACAUGUGCUAACCCAGGCAGGAGGGAGCGCCUCGGCGGAGGAGUCAAGGAAGAGGGGGAGGGAGAGGCGCGCCAGAACCUCGGUCCCGGGCGCCGUGUUCGGCCGCGGAGGAGCUGCAGCCUCCAACAGGAAGUUGAGCAUCUCUGACAUGCUGUCUGCUGUGCCCAGUGACUGAAGGCUCCCGCGCUCCAGCUCGACCAGGAAGCAAAGGUCGAAGCAUCUCUCCCCAACAGGCCAGCCAGGAGCACAGCGUGCAAAUUCAGCCGUGGGCUAGCGCAAGCUAACCAGAACCGGCAGCAUGGACUUUGUCAUGAAGCAGGCCCUCGGAGGGGCCACCAAGGACAUGGGGAAAAUGUUGGGUGGAGAGGAGGAGAAGGACCCUGAUGCACAGAAGAAGGAGGAGGAGCGGCAGGAGGCUCUGCGGCAGCAGGAAGAGGAGCGCAAGGCCAAGCAUGCACGCAUGGAGGCCGAGCGUGAGAAGGUUCGGCAGCAGAUCCGAGACAAGUAUGGGCUGAAGAAGAAGGAGGAGAAGGAGGCAGAGGAGAAGGCAGCUCUCGAACAGCCCUGUGAGGGGAGCCUGACCCGGCCCAAGAAGGCCAUCCCUGCAGGCUGCGGGGACGAGGAGGAGGAGGAAGAGGAGAGCAUCCUGGACACGGUGCUCAAAUACCUGCCUGGGCCGCUGCAGGACAUGUUCAAGAAGUAACAGGCGCUCCUGCUCCAGCCUCACUCCACUUGUUACUUUUCUUUUGUUCUUUCUUUUCUUUUUAUUCAGUUAAGUCUCAGUUCUGAAGGGGAAAACCUCAGUUGGCCUCUGCCCCUCUUCCCUGGCCAGGGGCUUCUCCCCAUCAGCACUCUCUGACACCCCACUUCAUCCCAGGGUAUCAAGUCCCAUGGUACCCCUAGUCUGAAAAGGGAAGACAGCUUUUCUCCAGCAGAGGGCAUUGAACCCAGGGCCAAAGGCACUGGAUGGCUCCCUCUGGAAGCCUAAGAUCUAUGUUAGUGUGGAAACCCCCAUACAUUCCUUCAUGCUCCCCACUGCCAGGAGGACCACUGUUCCCAGCCAGCCAAAGUAAUGACACAUUCCACCCCUGCCCAGCAUGCUGACCUUUGGUCUCUGACCCUCCAGUGAGUAUCCAGGUCAGGGCAGGGGCCCUGAGGGGCCUGGAUCUGAGUCAGGGUAAGCCUGUCUCAUGAGGACCUAGCCUGAGAGGCCCCAGGUCUAGACAGGCUAGGAUCUGGGCAGGAGGCUGGGGCUCCCCUUUUUUUCUCUCCCUGGUGACACCCAGCUGGGAGCACAACCUUCCCCAAAUCCCAUCCAGACAGUCAUUGCCCCUGCCAGGUUGGUUCCUCCAAAUGGAUCAUCCUUGGACUUUAGCACAUCUGUGGAGGAGCCCAGGAUAGGGCAACCCCUUGUUCCCUCUCACUCUACUUAGGUCCUGGGACCCCACUGCCAGGCUGGGCCCAGCUUGCCCAAUCCAGGGGCUGCCCAGGCCCCCCAAAACACUUGGAGCCAUCGGGCAGUGAUGGUCUUUGCCAUGGGAUCCCCCUUUGGUGUGACCAAGCUGCCCCCAUUCCUAUCCAGCUCUCUUCCCCACUCUGUCCUGUCCAUGUGCUUCCAGGGCCCAUGGUCCCCAAGAGGACCUUUCCUGGCCAAAGCCCCAAGUUGUUGGGGAGAAGCCAACUCCCAUUUGAUAGAAGGCAUCUGUCCAUUCAUCCUAUUGGCCAAGAACAAACUCUCCUCUGGGAUGUAUGGGGCUAGCCUUUGCCCCCCACCCACCUCCAGCUUGCCAAGGCCACCUACUUAGCCAGUCUUGUGAGAAUGGUGUGGAGCAGAGGGGAGUAGCAAAUGAAGGACAAAAGUGAGUUUAUGUGUGGCACAGUGUGUAGCAGAGACAGCAUCAGCAAUUGUGUGACCAGAGAUUUGAUGCAUGUGUGUAUGGUUCGAGUGUGGUGUAUCUUGAGAUUGUCUGUGUGUGUGUUAGUCAUCAUAUUCCAUGUUAGAGAUCAUAUAUGUUAGGCAGCCUUGUUAUAUGUGCUUGUUUGAGGUGGUAUAUUUGAUUUGUGAUUGUGUCCCAUUUGCGAGCCAUCUUACAUGUGUUUAGAGAUUGCAUGUGUUUGCUUGUAUAUGCAUGUAUUUUCAAAAUGGCACGUGUGUUGGGAGAAAUGGGUAUAUGGUAGAUGUCACAGAAGUAUAUGUUUGAAAGAACUGUCAGAUGUGUUGACUGUGGUGUUCUUAUGUAUGGGUCUGAAAAAGCAGCUGUGUCCAUGACGUGUGCCUAGAAAGAAAGAAUAUAGGUAAGAUGCUCCCUCUCAGCCCUCAGACCAUUGAUCACAGGUGGCCACAUCUGACAGGAGACUUUGUCCUUCGCCUAGAGUCCUCCCACCCUUGGGGGGUUCCUGCCUGAGGUCCUCAGAAUCCCACUGGGACAGACGCAGGCAGUACUCCAGGAAGCCAUGCUGGGCCCCCACCAGGGCCUAUCCCAAAAGCAAGGGCCAGGGACGAGGCGACUUGCCCACCUCUGAUGCCCCUGCCCCAUUGGCCCCAGUUUGCAUUCUGCGGGUUUUCCAUUUUAGUGGAUUUAUGCUUUUAUUUCAGAGAGAGACAUGUGUCUUCUCUGUCCGUUUCCAAUAGUUAAAGCCAUAUCAGUUAGACUGCAAUACUUUAAAGAUGAGAUAAAACAAUCCAUAUGUUUAGAGAACCAGAAACUCCCCUGAUCUGUCCCUUCUCUGGGGAGCAGGGCCCUGACAGCUCCAGCUCCCUGGGCUUAUCCUCCUCCCGCAUCCCCACACCCUCCCUGUGUACCCCUGUGUCAGGCCCCCCAGGGGGCCAUGUCUGUGUCUGCACCUAUGUCUGUGAUGGGGAGCCACCUUGCACCCCUGAUGUCUGCUUGUCUGUGUCCUUUUACCUGGGCAGGAUGGUCAUUCUCAAGAGCCCUGGGGUCCUGGGCCAGAGAUAAACAAGGCUCAGUUGAGAGGCUCUAGGUUUCCCCAACCCUGUUUGUGAGUCCCGCUGGGACACAGGGGCAGAUACCAGCGUUGAGACAGGUCCCCCCUUGACAGGGACCCUCAGACCUUGAAGGCAAUGCCCGGGCAUGGAGUGUCAAAUAGUUGGGGGAGACCAGGGUUGAGGGAGCUGUAAACGAGCAAGGAAACCUAGCCAUUCAAGAUAUCCCAGCCCCUUAGACAGUGUCCCUGUGGCCUCCAUAGUCCCUCUAGACCCCAGAGUGGGCUUUGGGUUUUUCAGCCGCACCAAGUGCCCUCUGGGCUGGGCUGGCUUAGUCUGGGUACACCUCCCAGACUCCUCCACCCUGCUCCCAGGCAGCCGGACUUGAGGUCUUCCUGGAGGUGGGGCAAGGGCAAGAAUCUCUGCCUGGUGCAUCCCUGCCUCCUCCAAUGGCAAGUGAUCACUGUUGGAUGCAGGGGGACAACAAUUACUGUCAUUUCUAACACAGACCUGACUGUAGAGAGAAGCCAAAGUGUAGCCCAGAGAGGACAUCUGUGUCUCUAGCAGGGACAGGGGUGUCCGUGGGAUGUGUCUGGGGUAGGAGGUGGCCCACUUGAUGGGAGGAGGGAUGAGCAUGUCACACAGAAAUGGGACAGUGUGCCUGUGACACACUGUGAGGGGGAGCAGCUGCAGAAUUCAGCACACUCGUCUGACACACAAAGGAGGAGUAAUCUUUGGUAAGUGGCUGAGAACAAAAUGAAGAGCAAUGGAGCGCACACCACCCAUGUGGGCACGCGUGCCCUUGGGCAGGGCCACCCGAGCUCUUCCUGUCCCUGGGAUUCUCCACUGGGGAGAAGGAAGGGGGUUUCUCUGAGUCUCCCUGUGCUGGGCACCGGCGAUGGGCUAGAAUUUCCAUAUGUGGAUGUCCUCUACUCCAGAUCCAAAACUGCCCCGAAAGUGUGUCCCUUACAUCAAACCUUGUAGUGCACUUCUUCAGAUGGAAGCAGGAAGUCAACAGCGCAUCCCAGGUGCGUGUGGGAGAGCCUGAGAAAGUGAGGAGAUGCAAAAAUCAUUGGAGGUAUUGCAGCCCAGGGCUCUUUCCCACUGGCGCAGCUGCUGGGCAAAGCAGCCACACAAAGGCUGUGGCUACAGUAAAGUGAAGAACUUCCCAGGCCCAAGGGGUGGGUUACCAACCCCACCGGAGGGUUCCACAGACUUCUGACUGCACAGGGAGGCUGAAGUCAGACCAGCUCCCAGAUCUGAGGACGUGCCUCCACCCAAUGUCCCCACUCCAGUCUCCACUAUCAUUGCCCCCACCCUCUUCCCUGGGGAGAGAAUGGGAGGUGCUCACACUGGCCCUGGGGCAGGGCUGGGGGUCCUACUGAGACCAAGAAGAGAUGGACCAUCCUGCUUACGCGGGGGAAACUUCUUCCCGAAUCUGUGCUGUGUCUUUGUUGCUCUGCUUCUUUUAAAUGUGUCAGUGCCUGGGGGGAGGGGAGGGCCACCCCCUCAUGCCCCCCUGAACCUGACCUAAAGCCAUGGCUGUUGCUCCCCCUUUGUAUGAUGCAAAUGCUAAGAUGUACAAAACCAACCAUGACAACAAAGAAAAAGACCUUGUACAGCAG